AGCCUCCUCCUCCACGUCCAACGAUGCGUAGUGGAGACGCGCUGGGUGGUGCAGUAGCGCAGACUGCGCGACCCGGUUGCCGAUAUCGAGCGGUCGGACCGACUCCGAAGCCAGUCUGCGCCCGGCCUCUUGCCAUUCCCGAUGACCCAGCUGCUCUCGAAGCCAUGACCCGUGCCGCGCUGUGCAGCGUGCUUGCGGUUCUCGUGGUGCUGGCCGCGGCCACCGACGAAGACGACCCUCCGAACGACAACAACACCACCCUCAGCCCCCCCAGGAAGCACCCGACCCUGUACAUCCCACCCCCGACCACCACUGGCUCUCCAAAGCAUCACCACAACGUCUCCAACGAGACCAAAGCCGAUCCUCUCUUUCCUCCCGACCUAUUCACCUUAGAGCAGAGGAAGAAUGGAGCCAUCAUCCUCCACAUCCUGGGCGUCAUCUACAUGUUCGUCGCUCUGGCCAUCGUCUGCGACGAGUUCUUCGUUCCAGCUUUGGACGUCAUUAUCGAAAAGCUAGACAUCCAAGAUGAUGUAGCUGGUGCUACUUUCAUGGCAGCUGGAGGCUCUGCUCCAGAGCUGUUCACCAGUGUCAUCGGCGUCUUCGUAUCCUUCGAUGAUGUUGGUAUCGGUACCAUUGUCGGUUCCGCCGUGUUCAACAUCCUCUUCGUGAUUGGCAUGUGCGCGAUUUUCUCCAAGACUGUACUUACACUGACUUGGUGGCCGCUUUUUAGAGAUUGUUUCUUUUACUCUAUUAGUCUCAUCGCGCUCAUCAUGUUCUUCAAAGAUAGCUACAUUCAAUGGUACGAGGCGUUGGUGUUGUUUAUGUUCUAUAUAUUGUAUGUAAGUUUUAUGAAAUGGAACCAACCGAUGGAGAGGCUCGUCAAGAGGAUAAUCUACAAGAACAAGGUUACCAGAGUCAGGAGCACGGAUCAGCUGAUGCCCACGUCAGCAUCAGUCAGUGUGAUUUUAGACUCUAGCCAAAGUCAGCAUGGGACGGUGGCAACCUCGAGCGAGACCAGCGUCGGGACGCAGCCUGGCGGCAGCGUGACCUCCAGGACGGCGUCCGACUGCAACCAGCCCGUGUCCUCGUCCUCUGGACAGCACACUGGUGCCAAAUUCCGUCAUGGCCUGCUACAGUUGAUGAUCCAUACCAUCGACCCCCUCCAUGAUGGUCAGUAUGCAGGAAAAGUAGACGAAAAGGCAACUCAGCUUCACGCCAUAGCGUCUCUAAAGGUGCUACUGGACGCAACGAAACCCCAGAACGGAGCAGCCUCCACCACAGCUUCGAACCACUUGAGCAGCACCUCCUCCUCCAAGCAGGAGACUGCCCUGGCACCCGGGGCCCUCGCAGACAUCCCCAACGGCGUUGCGGGAUCGCUGACUGACAGUCUGGACGCUAGACGUAUGUCGUCUGUUCGAGCACGCAAGUCCUUGACAUCUCAGGCUGUGGUUUGUCUCCAGGUCGGGGAGCCAGAAGAGGAACCACCAGAAGCCAUGGAUAUGGGAUGGCCAUCGAGUGCCAAGAAGAGGAUAUCGUACGUCAUACUUGCACCUAUUGUCUUCCCGCUGUGGCUCACAUUGCCAGACACAAGAUCACCCAGGGGGAAGAAGUGGUUCCCGAUCACAUUUAUAGGGAGCAUCCUCUGGAUCGCCGCUUAUUCGUACUUGAUGGUGUGGUGGGCCAACAUGGUGGGCCAUACGGUUGAGAUACCGCCGGAGGUCAUGGGCCUCACCUUCCUUGCAGCUGGCACAUCGAUCCCGGACCUCAUCACGUCGGUCAUAGUGGCCCGGAAAGGUUUCGGGGAUAUGGCCGUUUCCUCUUCAGUCGGCAGCAACAUUUUUGACGUUACUGUCGGGUUACCAGUGCCUUGGCUGCUUUUCGCCAUCAUCUAUGGAAAACCUGUUGAAGUUAACUCAGUAGGAAUGGUGUGCUCCAUAACUAUCCUCUUUAUGAUGCUUAUCUUCGUGAUCAUCUCCAUAGCUUGUUUCCAUUGGAAGAUGAACAGAGGGCUUGGUUUCACCAUGUUCUUGCUCUACUUCGUUUUCGUAGCGGUGUCUCUCAUGUUUGAAUAUGAACACUUAACAUGUCCAGUGUAAAGGACCUUCAAUUGCAAGGUGUACCAAUAAUUUUGACUAGUUGAGGUUAGGUUGAUAACGAGAAAUUUAAAUAGGAGGUUUUUAAAGCAGUCGCUUUUGGUAGAAACGACGUAUAUUGACAUUUUAAGGGACAAAAUUGUAUCGAAGAGAAAGAUUUCUAUUGUAGGUGUAGUCAAGAACCCAUAUAACCUAUACUGUCUAUACCAAAUAGGCUUAGUAUAGUGUAGUCAAUACAAUGGUCAUUUCUAUUGAAAGCUUCAUUGUUAUUUUUUACAGAUAAAUCGAUAGAUUGAACAAAUAGAGAUUUAAGAAUCAUGUUAUAUGCUACUGGACACGGUAGCUCACAAGUAUUUGCAUAUUUUUUCAGAAUGGACAUCGAGAACACAGAGAUCUAACGUAGUUUUCAGGUUGAACAAGCGAAACGAAGUAAUCACAUGCAAAUAUCUGAGAUAUACUGUACUUAGCACAAAAAACGUCGACUUCCAAAAUUGAUUUCAUGAGGUCUAGUUGUUAGAACAUUGCCCAAAUCAUAUAUAGCAAUAAUGUAUAGAUCCUAGAAGAGGAGAACAUGAGGAAACCAUUUUUUACUGAAAAAUUAAUAUAAUCAGGAGACGACAAACGAAGUAAAGAGUCAUUUGAACAUUUUCAGUUUUGGUUAUUUAUAGAAUUUUUAGUAGACGAAAGGACUUAGAGAAUAACAUUCUGAGAUAGGUUUCAUUUUGAGAUAAGUUGGGAAAUUGGUUGUUGCAAGAAUCUGAUGAAAACACUAAUCUCUGUUCGAUGUUGGGUGGUUUUUGUGGAAAUAUGUUCGUUGUAUAUUCUGCCAACUAUGGGAGAACUAGGUACUUUUUUCUCCAUUUGAUGUAACUUAUUAGCUAGCUCGUGUUUUACCCUACAUGACAAGAAAUUAUUUCGAUGGUUUCUACUUUAAAAUAAAGCUCAUUUGUCAUAAUGCGACAAGGAUCGAAAUAUAGCUUUUAGUGUUAAUGCUUAAGGCAGUAGUAACUUAGUGAAAGACUAUUUUCCUGCCAUUUAUGCUGAUAGAUGCACUGUUGUUGUUGAUGUUGAUAUAUAUUUUAUUGUUUUUUGUCAUCCGUCCUGAAGAGAGCGAAUUUUCAUGAUUUCAAUAGAACAAAAUGAGAUCGUACUAAAAAAGUGAACGAAUCAGUAUGUAUCGAAUUUUUUUCACUACCUGCAUUUGCAUCAAGUGGAGAAUUAUCUCUAAUUAAUCAACAUUAAGAAACCCAGUGAAAUUCGAUGUUAAUCCCAAUGUCAUGUGUGCCUGUAGAAGUAUGUGUUUCUUCAUAAAAAUAUACGCUUAUUGAAUUAAAUUUCAAAACGACACAAUAUGAACAACAGCCAAUUUCUUUAGUUUAUGAGAAAACUUCCCGAUGAUUAUAUGUUGCACUCUAGUUAGAUAAUAGUGAAAUAUACAUAUCUAUCCUGUAGAUAAAAGUGUAGAGAAUAAGAUUUACAUACAGUAUAUAAACGAACAAAAUUAAACAACAUAGAGAUUAUUGUAAAUACAUUUUUGGGCACUAGUGUUUUUAGUCGUUCUUUGUUAAGUGCCUGCGAUUCUUUUGCGUUACCUUUGUGAUACUAAUAGGUAAACUUUCUCUCAUCCCCUCACUAGUAGAAUGUUCUAACGCUAACUUUGAUACUCGUCUGUGAAAGUUUUCCUGAAUAUAUAGGUAACGUUUUCAACAAGAUUUUUGAGUUAUCCAUUAGUUAUUAGGGAUUCUUGAACGGGUAUAUUGACAUAUAUUGAAAAUUUAGGAUUGCUAAAAUAUGGAAGGAAAUGUACUUUAAAAAAAAAAAUUGUCCUAAUAUAUGUAGUUCUUAGGAAAUCGUUUAUGGUCGAUUCAGAAUCAAUUACUUGCAGACAAUGGAAGCUCAGUAAUACAUUUUAUAGUGAAUUGUACCACGAAUGAAUAAUUGUAACUUUUAUUCCCGGGAUGCCAAAGUCGAGGGAGUAAAAAUUCGAGGUAAUAAUGACUAUAAUUGCGAGUUGUUAGCUCUAAAUUAUCUAUGACUAAUUUAUUUAUCUGAGAUUUUUGAUAAAUCAUUUUAUUUUUCAAUAUCACUAAAAUUAAUAUUAGUUGGUACAUUCAGUUAUUUGUGGAGAACAAUUUUGUAUUUUGACCAGACGGAGGUAAAAAAUAUAUCGUCUUACCAAUAUUUUUCACUUCAAUCAGAGAAAGGAACCAGCAGCCAUAAUUUCGAAAAGUGAGAUUGCGAUGAUUAGGCCAUUUCUUAAAAUUGUUGCAUACGUUUUAUUAUUAUUGAAUUUAGAUUUUGUGGAUUCAAAGUAGAUGUUGUUGCUUCAGCUAGUUGUACAAUUCGUCUUCAUGAACCAAUAAAAUACACUCAAUUAUCAUUAAUUUGGAAAAUUUCGUGAAUUCAAAAGAAGACUCAACUAUUAAUGUAAUCACUCGUUAUUAAUCCCUGAGGGAAUUUUAUUUGAUAUUAAAAAUGCAAGAACCAUAAGUAUAAUACUCACAAAAUGAAUUAGUCGUAGAUAAAAAUAAUGAAUAUCAUCACUAGAUACAAAAUUUGAAAAAAAAAAUUUUGUUUUCAUAGAAUUUAGUGUUAUUAAACUUUUAUUGAGAAUUAUCGUAUUGGAUUUUAUAUCCAUAGAAUCAAGGAAAAAUGAACAAAGAAGUGAUACACUGAAAAUUUUUCGAAGUGAUUGCAUAUAUUCAGGAAAAUAUUAUUUAAGGACCACUUGAAACAUAGUGAAAUUUAUGCACGCUAAGCUUUAGAAUUUUCGGAGAGACCUCAAUUUUAUAUCUAUUUCUCUGAUUUACUUGGAAAUUACACAUUUUUGCACAUAUCUUCUAUUUUCGAACAGGCAAAGUUUAAAAAAAAAGCUUGCUGAAGAAAUGCAACAAUUUGAAUAUGUAAAUAUAAUGCCGAUAUGGAUUAUGUAAUGUUUCUUGAAUAUUUGAAUAUGUUUCUGUUGUCACAGAAUAUGAGAUUCUGCUUCAUAUAGUCUUAGCGAUAUUUUCUUAUAAUUUGUUGUGGGUUUGAUAUUCAAACUCUGUAAGUAAUACUGAGAAAGAAUAGGCUAUAGUUAAUAUAAGAAAUUUACUUUUCUCUUCACAAUUUUUGAGAAGAAAUUGGACGUCUAAAUCCGUACAAGAAACGAUCUUUUCGCAUAGAAUUCGAGAUCAAUAUAUACCAUACUGAAGAAACAACCAAAUCAAAAGAAGAAAGAAAUGCACAUGUUGGAGACACUGCCAAAAUUAAAGGAGACAUCGAGAAUAAAAUAUUUGUAGUGAGAACAAAAUGAAUGUACAGGGUGUUUCAUUACAAACUGGACAAACAUAUAUAGUCGUGUACAUGACACCGGAAGAAGCAUUCUUGCCUUAUGACAUAUACUCGUUUUCGAAGCAUAAGCGAGAUACAGGAUACAGGACAUUUCUGAGCAAUAGUUUAUUGAUUGUGGUCAGGUAUGUAUAAUCCUUGAAGUUAGGAUUUUUGGUCAUAUGAGAGUAUUUUUGAGUGCUCGAUUCAGAAGAGUUGUUCACUUUUUCUGAUUUGAGCUCUUCAAAAUACCCUGAUAUGCCCAGAAAGCGUAACUUCAAAGGUUAUAUAUAACUGACCACACUCAAUUGGCUAUUGCUCAGAAAUGACGUUGCACACUCGCUUGUACAUCGAACACGAGGUAUAUGUCAUAAGACAAAAAUGAUUCUGCCGGUGUUAUCUACACAGCUAUAUAUGUUUGUCUAGUUUAUAAUGAAACACCUUGUAUUGACUUCGAAUUGUUGCGAAUUUAUCAAGAAGAAGAAACGAUGAAACAUAUGAUGCUAUAACUAUGAUCUAGAGUAGAUUAACCCAUUAAGGAUCUAGAAUACUUCAAGCGGUCGCUGUUAAGGUUUUAUAAAAACUUAGUAAAUAUAUCGUGAACCAAAAUACUAAGAAUUGGGACUCAAAACAUUUAAUGAAAUAACAUAUCGACAAACUGCAAAUUGAUUGAAAUUGCAAGAAUUCCUAGAAUUCAAGCUUGCUUCAACUCGAUGUUAUUAAAGAAGUAGUAGCUUCAUCAUCAUCAUAAAAACUAAUGCCACCUAUUGAAGUGGUUAGAAGUUUUGAUUCACGGUGUAUGAAACUAGCACAGAUAUUUGCGAGAAUGCUGAUGAGUAACACACUAGACAAUUAUAUCUUAGCCUUUUCUAUAUAACUAAACUCAAUUCAUUCGGAGAGUUCUAUGUAAAAACUUGUUAAUAUAAUAUCAUCUUUGAUUUAUUCUCCAAAAUCAGUAUCUGCAGAUACUUCUCAAAAAUAACUUCAGUCUAUUAUACUCUGGAAUCAUAGAUAGAGAAUUCUCUAUGAACAAGAAGUGUUCAUAAAGAAUACUCUGUGAUUAACUAAAGGAAGGCUCAUUUUCUGCCUGAUUUCUAUUGGGAAUGUCCUGGACUUUUUUAAUUUCAAAGUUGUGAGCUAACGAAGCUUAUAAUGUCACUGAAGAUAUUAUUAUACGAAAAUUUUACACUUGUUAAUUAUUGUAAAGACACAACAAAAUAAGAGUACAGAUGAAAUUGAGAAAAUUUUGGAGAUUACGAUUGUUAAUGGUAUAACCUGUAGAUUGUUAUUGCUAGAGAAUUUUUAUCAUUAGAGUAAAUAUGAUAUCAAAAUACCAUUGCGAUGGUGAGUUACUUUUUGCCGACAAUAUAAUAUGUAUAUUAAAA